GCCAAGAUGGCGGCCUUAAGUGUCAACAAGGUCGGGGCUGGGAUGGAGGCCGGCCACAGGCAGAGCCGGGGGUCGGCUGGGCCCGUCGUCAAGGUUCUGGAGUGUGGUGUGUGUGAAGAUGUAUUUUCAUUACAAGGAGACAAAGUUCCCCGACUACUUUUGUGUGGCCAUACAGUCUGUCAUGACUGUCUCACUCGACUUCCUCUCCACGGCAGAGCAGUUCGCUGUCCCUUUGAUCGGCAGGUUACUGAGCUAGGAGAUUCUGGUGUCUGGGGACUGAAAAAGAAUUUUGCUUUGCUGGAACUUCUAGAACGACUCCAAAAUGGGCUCGGUGGCCAGUGUGGAACAACUGAAGAAGCGAUUGGCCUGUCUGGGGAGUGCAUCAUUCGCUGUGAUGAAGACGAGACUCACCUUGCCUCCGUGUACUGCACCGUCUGUGCUACUCACCUGUGCGCAGAGUGCUCGCAGCUUACGCAUUCUACCAAGACACUAGCAAAACACAGACGUGUGCCCCUUGCUGAUAAACCCCAUGAGAAGACCAUGUGUUCUCAGCACCAGGUGCAUGCCAUUGAAUUUGUGUGCUUGGAAGAAGGCUGUCAAGCCAGCCCCCUUAUGUGCUGCGUCUGCAAAGAAUAUGGAAAGCAUCAGGGUCACAAACACAGUGUUCUGGAACCAGAAGCGAACCAGAUCCGUUCUUCCAUUUUAGACAUGGCACACUGCAUAAGGACUUUCACAGAAGAGAUCUCAGAUUAUUCUCGGAAAUUAGUUGGAAUAGUUCAACAAAUAGAAGGAGGAGAACAGAUAAUUGAAGAUGGUGUUGGGAUGGCCCAUACAGAACAUGUCCCAGGCACUGCGGAGAAUGCCCGCUCAUGUGUCCGAGCCUAUUUUUCUGAUCUUCACGAAACCCUCUGCCGUCAAGAAGAAAUGGCUCUCAGUGUGGUUGAUGCCCAUGUGCGAGAGAAAUUGAUCUGGCUAAGGCAGCAGCAAGAAGACAUGACUAUUUUGUUGUCACAGGUUUCAACUGCUUGCCUUCACUGUGAAAAGACAUUGCAGCAGGAUGACUGCAGAGUUGUGUUGGCCAAGCAAGAAAUCACAAGACUUCUGGAAACACUUCAAAAGCAGCAACAGCAGUUUACAGAGCUUGCAGACCACAUUCAACUUGAUGCUAGCAUUCCAGUGACUUUCACAAAGGACAACAGGGUACACAUUGGGCCAAAAAUGGAGAUUCGGGUUGUGACCCUGGGAUUAGAUGGAGCUGGCAAAACCACUAUUUUAUUUAAAUUAAAGCAGGAUGAGUUCAUGCAACCUAUUCCAACAAUAGGUUUUAAUGUUGAGACUGUAGAAUAUAAAAAUCUGAAGUUCACCAUUUGGGAUGUAGGAGGUAAACACAAGCUGAGACCUUUAUGGAAACAUUAUUACCUCAACACACAAGCGGUGGUGUUCGUUAUUGAUAGCAGCCACCGAGACAGGGUCAGUGAGGCACACAGUGAACUUGCCAAGCUGUUAACAGAAAAGGAGCUACGAGAUGCUUUGCUACUGAUCUUUGCCAAUAAGCAGGAUGUGGCGGGGGCACUUGCAGUAGAAGAAAUCACAGAAUUGCUGAGCCUUCACAAACUCUGCUGUGGCCGAAACUGGUACAUUCAAGGUUGUGAUGCCAGGAGCGGCAUGGGACUCUACGAAGGACUGGACUGGCUGUCACGGCACCUGGUGGCUGCAGGUGUACUGGAUGUGGCUUAAAUCCCUGUCGAACCGUGAUGCUUGGACUUUGGUUAACUUAUUUGUGUGACUUGAGGUGGUGAGACAUGAAUUUUUGCAUCUAAAACUGUUUCCUAAAAGAAAACAACUAAUAGUUCUGCUGGAAUGCUUUAUUGGUGUAGUACAGUGAUCGCGCAAUUCCUUUAGGUUUGAAAUUAUGGUAAAUUAAUACAGUGGGUUUAAUACAGAGUUG